GAUGCGGCCGGGGCCCGGGGGCUGCUGCUGCCGCCGUCCUGCGCUGCCGAACGGCUGCGUGGCGAACGGGGAGUUGAAGAACGGGUAUGUGAGGAGCAGCCCGGCAGUCGCCGCCGCCUCUGCCACUGCCGCCAGCCAGAUUCAUCAUGUUACUCAAAAUGGCGGAUUGUACAAAAGACCAUUUAACGAAGCCUUUGAGGAAACCCCAAUGCUUGUCGCUGUGCUAACAUAUGUCGGGUAUGGCGUUCUAACACUCUUCGGAUAUCUACGUGACUUCUUGAGGCACUGGCGAAUUGAAAAGUGUCACCAUGCAACAGAAAGAGAAGAGCAAAAGGACUUUGUCUCAUUGUAUCAGGACUUUGAAAACUUCUACACAAGGAACCUUUACAUGCGAAUUCGAGACAACUGGAACCGACCAAUCUGCAGUGUUCCUGGAGCCAAGGUGGACAUCAUGGAAAGACAUUCCCAUGACUAUAAUUGGUCAUUCAAGUACACAGGAAAUAUAAUUAAGGAUGUUAUCAACAUGGGCUCCUACAACUAUCUUGGAUUUGCGAAGAACACUGGCACAUGCAAGGAAGCAGCAGCCAAAGUCCUGGAGGAGUAUGGAGCUGGAGUAUGUAGUACUAGGCAGGAGAUUGGAAACCUGGAUAAGCAUGAAGAGUUAGAGAAGUUAGUGGCCAGGUUUUUGGGAGUGGAAGCAGCCAUGGCAUAUGGAAUGGGUUUUGCAACCAACUCAAUGAAUAUCCCUGCUAUUGUCGGCAAGGGCUGCCUCAUAUUGAGUGAUGAACUGAACCAUGCAUCUCUAGUUCUUGGAGCAAGGUUGUCUGGAGCAACCAUUAGAAUCUUCAAACACAACAAUAUGCAAAGUCUUGAGAAGCUAUUAAAAGAUGCCAUCGUGUAUGGACAGCCUCGGACACGGAGGCCUUGGAAGAAAAUCCUCAUCCUUGUGGAGGGAAUAUACAGCAUGGAAGGGUCAAUUGUUCGCCUCCCUGAAGUGAUUGCCCUUAAGAAGAAAUACAAAUCUUACCUGUAUCUAGAUGAAGCCCACAGCAUUGGGGCCCUGGGCCCCACAGGUCGGGGUGUAGUAGAAUACUUUGGUCUGAAUCCUGAGGACGUGGAUGUUAUGAUGGGGACAUUCACAAAGAGCUUUGGAGCUGCUGGAGGAUACAUUGGAGGCAGGAAGGAACUGGUAGAUUAUCUCCGGACACAUUCUCAUAGUGCUGUAUAUGCCACGUCAUUGUCACCACCUGUUGUGGAACAAAUCAUCACAUCUAUGAAAUGUAUUAUGGGUGAAGAUGGCACAAACCUUGGCAAAGAGUGCGUACAACAGCUAGCUGAAAACACUCGGUAUUUCAGAAGGCGAUUGAAGGAGAUGGGCUUCAUCAUCUAUGGAAAUGAAGAUUCCCCUGUGGUGCCUUUGAUGCUGUACAUGCCAGCUAAAAUUGGUGCAUUUGGACGGGAGAUGUUGAAGCGGAACAUUGGUGUGGUUGUGGUGGGAUUUCCUGCUACCCCCAUUAUUGAAUCCCGAGCUAGGUUUUGCUUGUCGGCAGCACAUACCAAAGAAAUACUUGAUACUGCAUUAAAGGAAAUAGAUGAGGUUGGGGACCUGUUGCAGCUGAAGUAUUCCCGUCAUCGGUUAGUACCUCUAUUGGACCGGCCCUUCGAUGAGACUACAUAUGAAGAGACUGAAGAUUGAGCCCUCCUGGUGGCCUUUAAAGGACACCCUCCCUCACCCAGGACACUAUGUGGCCUUUCUGAGCCCAGUCUAGGAACCACACUUCUGUGGCUGCUUCACAUAAAAGACAUUUUCUCACAAUACUGAAGGUGACCACAUCCAAUCCAAAUGGCAUUUUGUAAAUAGUGAAAGUUGCUUCUCAUUCUUUCUCUGCUGCAUCUCCUUCAAAGAAAGGUGUCUUACCCUUUCCCCUCCUCCGACCCCUAUCCUUGCACACAUUUUUGGAAGGAAAAAAAAAAAGACAUUGUUUUAUAGCCCUUGUCCUGGUGAAAUCACGAUAUCCUAUAACCCUCCCCCUGCCUCCAUCUUCCCUACUGCUCUGGUCCCAGGUAACCCUUCUCUGCACAGCUGGUGUUGCUGUUGGCUACAGAGCGGUACCUGCAAAGAGAAUUCACUACGCUCUGGAAGCAAGUGCCUUCCACUUUUCUCCUAUCCAGUCCUUGAAAGUUAUUAAUGUUUAAACCCUAAUUUAACCAGAAAAAUAAUCAACCAAAGCUCUCUUUCUUUAGUUUUGUCUCAAGUUUAAACACUUUAGAUCUUAGCUUUACAUUUUUUUUUUAAGAUAACAAAUGUUGCUGAUAGGACCAUUAUGUAACUCGCCCUGGCCAUGGGCCUCCAAGACUUUGUCCAGCAUCCGUUUUCAUCCUGGCCACCAGAUGUUUUCUUACUUUGCCAUCAAGUGUUUCCUCAUUAUAUCCACAAACCUAGAGUGUGUCCAAGCAGGAGAGAAUUUUUCCUUCCAUUAAGCAUGUUUAAUAUUUAUGAGAUAGCCAUAUCCCAUUCCUAUUUAAUCUCCUUCUGCCAAUGAGACUU